AUGAAUAAUCCUCCUCCUGAUCGUCAAAUAAAUUCGGUUCCAUAUCCUCGAACUAGUCUACUAACUGAGAAUGAGUUAUUUGAUUCAUCUUCUGGUUUACCAUCCAUUUCUCGUUUAAAAAAUCAUUUACAAAAUGAAGGUCGUCUUGAUGAAGGAUGUGCUUUACGUCUUGUCGAACUUGCUCGACAAAAUUUUGAACGUGAACCUAAUAUUUUAAUUGUUCCACGACCAGUAACCAUUGUCGCUGAUAUUCAUGGACAAUUUUAUGAUCUUUUAACGAUAUUAACAGCUGGUGGUGAUCCAGCUAAAACACGUUACUUAUUCUUAGGUGAUUAUGUUGAUCGAGGACAAUUUGAAUGUGAAUGUGUAUUUUUAUUAUUUGCACUAAAAAUUAAAUAUCCACAAAAUAUUAAUUUACUUCGAGGAAAUCAUGAAACUCGUCAAAUGGCAACAGCCUUCCAAUUCAAAUUGGAAUGUGAAAAAAAAUAUGGUUCACGUGCAUUGUACGAUGCUUGUAUGCAAGCUUUUGACGCAUUACCUUUGUGUGCCUCAGUUGAUGGCAAAUUUCUAUGCAUGCAUGGUGGACUAUCACCGGAAAUUCGUACAUUAUCCGAUAUUGAAAAUCUUGAUCGUUUUAAAGAAACUCCAUAUUCCGGUCCAUUAUGUGAUUUAAUUUGGUCUGAUCCAAGUGAAGAUUUCGAUGAUAUUAAUGAUCAACAACCUGAUUUUAAACCCAAUAAUGUUCGUGGCUGUGCACAUUUUUUUUCCUAUUAUGCUUGUCGAGAUUUUUUACUUCGAAAUAAUCUUUUAUCAAUAAUACGUGGGCAUGAAGUACAAAAAGAUGGUGUACGAUUUUUUCGUCGAUCAUCUCGUACGAAAUUUCCUGUACUCAUUUCUUUAUUUUCGGCACCAAACUAUUGUGAUACAUAUAAUAAUGAGGCAGCUAUACUUAAAGUUGAUACAAAUCAACAAAUGUCUGUUUCACGUAUUCAGGCACAUCCUCAUCCAUUUGUCUUGCCGAAUUAUGAAAAUGGAUUUGAAUUUGGUGAACGAUUUAUUCUUUAUUAUGUUACUCAUCUUCUUUUUUCUAUUUUGAAUAUGUAUUCACCUGAAGAAUUAGCUGCUGAAGAUGGUCGUCAAGAUAAAACGGCUAUAGAAUUAUUAAAUAAAAAGCGGUUAAUUGAAACUAUGGAUCACGCCUAUGCUCAAGUGAAAAAAAGAAAUAAUAUUAUACUUAAUUUACGUGGUCUUACACCAUCUUAUAAGGCUUAUAAAGAUUUACUGGCUCGACCAGAGAUUCAAGCUUUAAUCGAAGAAGCUGAAAAAGGACGAAUUAACAAUUUUGAUCAAGCUAUUCACUUAGAUCAUAUAUUUGAACGACGACCAAGUACUUGA